AGGCGGCGGGAGGCCGCCGCCUCCAUUUAAGGAGGGGAGAACGGCGCGGGAGGCAGUUACUGUGGUUUCUGGGUUUAGGUGGCGUAGUUCUUCUAGGAGCUGAAGUUCACGGACGCCGCGUCCCGCGUCCAAGUCCAGCUGUCUGUGGCUACCGAUUGGGAGGUCAGGAGCGCAGCGUCCCUUCUUCGGACCAGGGCCGGCCCCCUGUUUUGCCUUCGCCACUUCGCCCAUAUUUAGGUCGGCUUCGGCGCGGCUGAGGAGAAGGCCGCGGGCGAGAUGUUCAAGAACACGUUCCAGAGCGGCUUCCUUUCUAUCCUCUACAGCAUUGGCAGCAAGCCCCUGCAAAUCUGGGACAAAAAGGUACGGAAUGGCCACAUCAAAAGAAUCACUGAUAAUGACAUCCAGUCCCUGGUGCUAGAGAUUGAAGGAACAAAUGUCAGCACCACAUAUAUCACAUGUCCUGCAGACCCAAAGAAAACAUUGGGAAUUAAACUUCCCUUCCUUGUCAUGAUUAUCAAAAACCUGAAGAAAUAUUUUACCUUUGAAGUACAGGUACUAGAUGACAAGAAUGUGCGUCGGCGGUUUCGGGCAAGUAACUACCAGAGCACCACCAGGGUCAAACCCUUCAUCUGUACCAUGCCCAUGCGGCUGGAUGACGGCUGGAACCAGAUUCAGUUCAACCUGUCAGACUUCACUCGGCGGGCAUAUGGCACAAAUUACAUUGAGACCCUCAGGGUGCAGAUCCAUGCAAACUGUCGCAUCCGACGGGUUUACUUCUCAGACAGACUCUACUCAGAAGACGAACUGCCAGCAGAGUUCAAACUGUAUCUCCCAGUUCAGAAUAAGGCAAAGCAAUAACUCGAAUGCAACUCAAGGGAUAGACCCUGGAUAUGACUCUUAGUUUAAAAAGGAAACUAUCUGGAGGACAAUGCAAAAAGCAAAUAUUUAUAUUAGUUCACUGUGCUGCGGUUCUUUUACCUACUCCUUGGCGUCCCUGGUCGUGGCUACCAGUGACCGUGCCGUGCAUUGUAAGUACAGUGGGGGAUAAGCUGUCCUUUGAUACAUGAAUGCCAGAGUUUAUCUUGCUGCCUGCCUCGGUGUGUGGGGAGAUACAUUUACCAUGAACUUACAGAAUUAAAGAUGUCCCGUAAAGGCAAUUUCAGACCGAUAUUUCUUCCUAUGGUUUGUUCUUUGUUUUAUAUAUUAUCUAAAUAUAUGUAUAUGCUGUGUAAUACUCAUAAUCCGGAAAUGAAUAAAAUGUUAUAUUCUUGGUUUGUAAA